AAUCAUUUCUCAGACAAUUCCCAGUUCAGUCUUCCUUCAUUGGAUAUCCGUUCUGAGACAAACAAAUGCAGUCCGUCCAAGUCAGUGGCAAAGCGACGCUGUUUCUGAUGCUCACGUCGUUCGUCGCGGGCCUCGUUGUCGGCUUCCGAAUCAACAAGCUGCUGCGCGAACACACACAGGCGCACGUCGAACGCAAGAAGCGGACCCAGCGCGCCGAGAUUGAGCGCCUGCAGCAGCUCCACGACGCACUGUGAAACCAAACACAAUGUUCUGAACACAAAUCUCAGACAUGUCUAAAAUGUCAAACAGCUGAGUUUUGUGUCAAAUAAAUCCAUCAGACGUAUUCCAAC